AUGCAAGAGAUCGAGGCUGUAUACCAGACGACAGUAAGGCCAACUGUUCUUUGGUUGUGCAAGCUACUUGCUCUUCUCGCCUUGGGUGAACUCUAUACCAACCGCAGGAAGUUGAACGACGCACAGAUAAUCCCGGGGACGAACUACUAUCUCCAGGCCCUGCACAUGCUCCACGACACAUAUGAAGAAGCGACAUUAUUACAUGUCGAGGUCCUUAUAUUGAUAGUAAGUGCUUCGCAGUCACUGAAUCAACGACAUAUUGAUCAACGACAGGCAUGGUACUCAAACAGCUUGGGACGCAUCCGAUCCGCAUAUUCCUAUAGUGGCGUUGCCAUGAGGCUGGCAUUGAGCCUUGGGUUACAUAGAUCAGGAUCUGCUCCGGCCACAGCCACCGCAGUCGAACUUGAGAGUCGACGACGCACAUGGUGGAUGCUAUACUACUUCGAGCGAAUGUCAGCCUCCAAGCUCGGGCUACCCAUCACAGUACGGGACGAAGACAUAGACGUAGAGCUGCCUUCCAUGAACGGCCUCACGGAAGAGGAGCAACAGGAAUUUGCAGACCCCGCUCAUAUAUGUGCCAAUGUCAAGCUAGCUCGUAUCACAGGAAAUAUCUGUACGUCUGCCACUUCACUAACUUACAAGUCCAUGCUAACCAGACAGUAA